AUGCCUGGUGGUGAUGUCUUUCCGCCUCGCUUUGAAAUUUGAAAUUGGACUGAUUUAGUAUCACUUGAACGUCGGGUUCGGUCGGAAUUCUCAGUGAGUGAGUGAGUGAUGGAACGUUUUGAGGCGUGAUCGGAUGGGUGCGUUGAACGGAAAUAAUUGUGAACCCGAGCUCCAAUUUGAAUAUUGGUGUGAAAAUCAAUAUAGCCGAGCCUAAUACUAUCGCUGGCUUACUGGGAUAUGAACAAAAAUGAAGUUCAAAUUUUCACCUGUCAUCGACCCAUAUCAGAGAACAAGUGUCAAUUAAUCUGCGAAACGUUGUGGUGGUUAGUGAUUCUCCAUAAAACCGAUAAGAUUCGAUGUGUAUAGUGUCACUGCUAAUGUUUUCAAGUGAUUUGAUGUUAUCAGAUUCGCAGUUUGCUUGAGUAUGAUGGUCUCAGGAAAACAAAUGUGAGUAAUUAGUAUUGACCGAACGAGUCAGACGUGAGAUACGGUGCGGUACUGAUAACGGAAACCUUUUUGACCGGAACGUGUAAUGAGUAUUGGGAAAUACUCGAUUUCCUAACGUAAAUCAAAGAACAACUGCGUGUGGAAUACAUCAAUUCAUUUUUCAUCAUCUUAGAGAUUUUCCGAUCUCAAAUAUUAGAGGAAUAAUGAGUCUCAAAAUGUUGCGGAACCUUUAUUAGGCGCAACUCUUUCCUGGACUAGACACUCGACGUUGUCGGAUUGCGAUCAAGGAUAUUCAAUCAUUAUUCAAGAAACUCCCGCACCCCCUCAACGAUGAUGAAUCAGCCAAAAUUUAGCGCCAAACAGAUUCUACUCACGCUGAGUGCGCUCAUAACGCUGACACUGAGCUAUGCCAACGGGUUCGCGACGCUUGCCACGGACAUGGAUAGACCCCAGCGGUGUCAGCUGGAGCGCAUUUAUAAGAUGGCUGGCUACAAUUGCGCUAAUCUGAACCUGAAGGAGAUUCCCCAGUCGUUGAAGAGCAAUCUACAGAUUUUUGAUCUCAGCUACAAUCGCAUCCGUGACCUAAACAGACAAUCGUUCGCGCGAUAUACCGACAUCAAGUAUUUAUACCUUUUUGAAAAUAUGAUUCAGAACAUAGAGGAGGGCACGUUUAGCGAUCUAACCACGUUAGAGGCCAUCGAUUUAUCGCACAAUGCGCUGAAAAGCAUUCCGUUGGAGCUCUUCAGGUUACCCAUCUUGAGGAAUUUAUACGUAGCAUCGAAUGCGCUGCACGAUCUAGAGCGAGACCUUGAGCUACUAGAGAAACCUAUUAAAGCUCCACUCCAGGUGUUAAGUCUUGCCGAUUGUUGGCUGACCAGGUUGCCCAACUUUGGCAUUUUACCAGACCUGUGGCAACUGAACAUCUCCUCGAAUCCGAUGACGGAACUGGACAUAGACCAUUUCUCACCAAUGUGUCACCUGAGAUCGCUGGAUACGAACAACACACAGAUUCCGAUCUGUGCCUGCCAGAGCAUCACAACAGAACUUACCGCUAGGCGUGUGACUCUCAUUAAUAUUCACCCACACUGCAAACCACUGUUUGCGACAGAACAAAACAUCUGCACCCAAGGUAGCACCACCACUCCGAUCGCUCCCUCCAGCGAGUAUGACCAGUGCAUGGAAGUGCGCAAAUCGCGUAAGUUGGACACCGAGGCGAAGACGGCCUGGUUGAAAAUAUCCCUCGGAGUGCUAGGAUGCAUUCUCGUCUUCUCGCUGGUUCUCUACUGCUUCCACAAACGGAACGCCAAAACUAUGGAGAAUAAUAAUAAAUUCAGUAAGAGCCCACCACCUCCCAUCAAUAGGCUGGGUGGAGAAGCGUCGAUUGUUGAGAACGGAAAACGCGAGAAACUUAUAAACGAUUGUGAUUAGUCCAUCUAGCCCAUUUUUUCUUGAAAACGGGAAAUAUUUUUUUCGAAAACAAGACUAACGUUUAGAACUGAGCAAUAGCUGUAAAUAGACUUUGUACGAGCAAAAUUUAGAAUUAUCUGUGGCAAGCACUAUCUUCAUUUUGGCAGAUGCAAUGGAUGAGGGGAAAAUGCUAUUUACAAUUCCACUCUUGCCUUCUACUUUUAAACUAGUGUAGUAAAAACAUGAUAAUAGCUGUGCUAAAGCCAAAGGUUAAAAUAAAUCAUUGCCAUAUUUUGAGGAAAUAAGUAUCACUGAAA